AUGUCGUGCCCUGAGAAGUGCCAGCAGUGCCAGCCCUGCAACCCUUGCUGCCAGCCCUGCGGCCCGACCCCGCUGGCCAACAGCUGCAAUGAGUGCUGUGUCAGGCAGUGCCAGAGCUCCACCGUCGUCAUUGAGCCGCCGGCUGUGCUGGUGACCCUGCCCGGGCCCAUCCUCAGCUCCUUCCCACAGAACACCGUGGUGGGAUCCUCCACCUCCGCUGCCGUUGGCAGCAUCCUCAGCUGUGAUGGAGCGCCCAUCAACUCCGGGGGCUUUGACCUCUCCUGCAUCACCAGCUGCUACCGUGGCAGAUGUCCCCCCUGCUAA